AUGGAUAAGUCAUGGAUUACUAAGCCACUAUCAUUGAUUGCGUAUCAACAAGGGAUAAAAGAAUUUAUUGAUUUUGCAUUUAAAGAUACUAUAAUUGUCGAAGAUCCUAUUCAGAACAUGAUCAACGAUGCAUUUGGAGUUGAUAGGAAUCAUGCAAAUGAAAUACCAUAUGCGUCAAAUUUGGAGAUUGACCAAGAAGAUUAUGCGAUGCCAAGUGCAACUCAGGAAAGAAACGAAGCCAGGGAGUACUAUGAAUUGGAUAGAGAAGGAGAACAACCUUUAUAUGAAGGGUGUAGAUGA